AAUCCUACAUGAGGUUAAUAGUAUUCAAAUAUCAAAGUGUUCCGAAAUAAAUGAUAGUCGCUUUUGUCUAUUAGCAUGUGAGCUCCUCAAUAUAUAUGUAAAAUCUAAUCUUCUUAGCUAAAACUAGAGAAAUCACUUUAUACCAAUUACCGACCAAUAUCAUAUGAAAUUUUUUGUCUCAUUAGACGAAUUAAUCACUUCAUUCGUAAUUUUACGAUGUAAUAUCAUCUUUCUUAAGGGGUCGUUUGGAUGUGGAAAUGUAAUGCAGUAAUUGGACCAAAUUACUACAUAAUGCAGUAAUUGGGUUAAAAAUCCACGUUUGGGAAAGCAAAAAUUGUAUGGAAAUCGGACCAUGGAAAUCGGCUUCAAUUACCACAUUCAUGGUAAUUGAUAAUACUAUACCUCCCCCUAGUAAUUUGAUAUUACCACGUUUUCUUACUUCUUUUUACAAAUUCCACACCAUCAAUUCCCAUAAAACUAAACCUUAUCCAUACGUGAAUUUUUUUUCAAUUUCCACAACUAAAUUCUUUAGUUUUGUAAAACAUUGGAAACUCGGACAAAUUUCUAACGUUUUAAAAUUUCCACAUCCAAAAGAUAGGAUUCGAAGUUCAGUGACCAAUUUGUUGUGACAUCAGAGUCUAGUGACUGCCAAAAAGGUGAAUGGAAAAAAUCGAACUUCUAGGUUUAACUUUAACCCCACGCUUCCCACGCACGACGACACAGCACGCAAAGCACAGACGGACACGUGGCCGGUUACCAUUCGCAACCGGCACGAUAGCAUUUCCCCUCUUACCUUUUCGUUUUUGUCUUUUUUUUUUUCUUCCUCUUUUGUUUUUUUUUUUUUUUUGCGCGCAUUUUUCUUUCUUCAUUCCGUCCGUCCGUCACUCAGCCAAUCUCUCAUCUCAUGUGAUCAGUUAUUUUCUCUCUCUUCGAUUUCGUGCUGCUUCUUCUCCUCCUUUUCCUUUUUUCUCUAUCUAUCUAUCUGUCUGUUUGUCUGUCUACUUUCUCUAGAUCCAAACACCCUCUCCUUCUUUCCUUCCUUCCUUCGUACCCUUUCUCCGCAGUUCCGAGUUUCUCCGUGUGCGUUGCUUCUCUCUCUCUCUCUCUCUCUCUCCUCGGCGCGUCCGUUUUCCCGAUCCGAGGAGGAGUUUCUUUCUCGCGCUUUUCUUCGUCUUCCAACCCAUUGGAAACCAAAGGUUCGUCUUUCCUCCCCGCUGUUUGAUUGAUCCAUUUACUGUUCCAUCUCCUGAUUGUGGUAGUCAUUCGGCGGAUUAGGGUACCUGGUGCAGAAUUGGUCUGAUGAGGGUAGGAUUGUUCUUUGAAUCGACGGAUCUGUGAGUUCUGAAUUGGGGUUAGUUGGAUCUGAUUGAUUGCCUGCUUGUAGAAUGGUUGGAUCAUCGUUUGUAGGUUUGUUUGAAUAUCAGAAGCAAUCAGUAUGUAUCGGAAAAAAGGAAUUCUGGGUAGACGUAGAUUUUGUAUUAUUUGAUCUGAAUCUGAGGUAAUUUGAUCAUGUGAUGGAAAUGGAUCUCGGGAUUUGAAGUAUUGUUCUGUCGAGUAUUUGAUCUGAUGGCAGUUUGACAGUCUAGUACGUUUACCUGCUGAAUUGGAUGUCUUAGGUCGGUGAGGGUGUGAAAAUUGAGCUCUAUUACGAAUGCUUUGAAGUCGUAAGAGAGCUAGGGUUUGUUGCUAUGGUUGAUGUCUGAGCUAUAUAAAUCAGGAGACCAACAAUUAGCCUUUUUUUUAAUCUUCUUGGGUUAUCUUCAUGUGAGGAUUUCGUCAAUUUUUGUUGUAUGAUAUGGUGUGAUUGCCUGAUUGGCCCUUUUUAAUAUGUCUUGCAUUUGUUUGCAUAGGUGAUGUUUGAUUGGCGUGUUUACUGGGUUCUUUUCGUGGUGUAGGGAAGGCAAUGUGAGCAGUUUGUCCCAUAUUCGUGAUUGUUGCUUCAUUCCCCGGCAUUCUGGAUUUAGUUUUCAGGCUGUUCUGUCUCGGUGUAUGCAAAGAUGGGCAAAUGCAGCGGUUAUGCAAAGCUUGGAGGAUUGGUGUCCAGGGAUCAAUCCGUUAGUGGCUACCAUUUUGCCAUUCUCUUGUCUCCCGUUCUCUCCUUCUGGGAUUGCAUCGUUCGGAAAAUGAGGUACUCCUACAGACCUGAGUGGGUGUAGCUCUCAGCCACUUGUAGCUCCUGUUCCAUAAUCGAUACUGAAAAUUAGGGUAGUAAACCACUUUUAGCAAUAUAGGGGAACAUGUACACUGUUUAGAGGAGGAUUUCGGAGUUCUCACUAGGAUUACGUUAUAGAUUGAGCAAAAAUAGAACUUCAUUCUUCAUAGAGUUUGGAACAGUUUUAAUUUUAAAUAAAUGGAUAGCAUAGCGGGUAAACCCGUAGUGAGGAAAGUGAAGAAGAAGCAGGUGAAAGGUGAGAUGGACCGCCUCAAACAGGCUGAGAAGAAGAAGAGGCGCCUGGAGAAAGCAUUGGCUACUUCAGCUGCCAUUAGGUCCGAACUAGAGAAGAAGAAGCAGAAGAAGAUAGAAGAACAACAGAGGCUCGAUGAAGAGGGUGCUGCAAUAGCAGAGGCAGUAGCGCUGCACGUUCUGCUUGGCGAGGACUCCACUGAUGAUUCCUGUCAGAUUGUACUACAAAAAGAAGAAGGGUUCGAGUUCAACCCGUGGGAUUGUGCCCCUGAAAAUCUCAAUAUCUACAUGGACAAGAGUGGAGCAUCAUUCCUCCCACAUCAUUACUGUGCCGGCGGGGAUGGUGAAUGGUCGUCGUUCUCUUAUGGCUCCCUUGGUGGAAUGGAUGUACGAGGAUCGUACUUUGGUGAUGAACGUAGCUGGGGAGCUGCAGCGGAGUUCUCGGCUGGUCUUAUUGCGGCUCAGGCUGUUUCAUCUCUACAGAUUGGGGAGGAUGAUGCUGUCGACACAUUCGUCUUGGACGGAAUGCUGAGGGGGUAGAUAGAUAACAUUCACAUUGGAGCAGUGAUUCUCUGGUUUGCCUCUCAAUGGAGUCAAAAGGUCAUUUAGUCCAUCGCUUCAGAAUAAAUGCUUUGUUGUGUGUAUAUAUAGUUCUCGAGUGUCUUGCCCUCUUGUGUGUCCAGAUGUUCUGGGCUGAACUCCAACAGUUGUUGCACCAUAACACUCAACUGUUUUUAUUAUAGUUUUCUUUGAUCUUUUCUCUCUUUUUUUGGAUAUUCGAGGAUUUAGUUUCUCAUGCUUGUUGUUUCUUGAGAUGUAACAAUUAUGCAAUUUGGCCUUUGGGUUUCUUCUCAAUGUUGAUUUUGGUGUAUUCGAAUGUUGAUUUUGGUGUAUUCGAAUUCUUAUAUCGUAACACGGAUGUCAAUUUAGCCCCGGAAAAUAGAAUGAAUUGGUUGCCUGGAU